AGUCACCAUGAGGGCGCUGGUCCUGCUCGGCUGCCUCGUGGCUUCGCUCCUGCUCUCAGGACAAGGAGAAGAGACAGAGGAUGUGAGUGAAGAAGCCCCCAUGAGGGACCGCUCCCACAUUGAAAAAACCCUGAUGCUGAAUGAGGACAAGCCAGCCGACGAUUACUCUGCGGUGUUGCAGCGGCUUCGAAAGAUCUACCACUCAUCCAUCAAGCCCCUUGAGCAGUCUUACAAGUACAAUGAGCUUCGGCAGCAUGAGAUCACAGAUGGAGAGAUUACCUCCAAGCCCAUGGUGCUGUUCCUGGGACCGUGGAGUGUUGGUAAAUCUACCAUGAUAAACUACCUCCUGGGGUUGGAAAAUACUCGCUACCAGCUCUAUACAGGUGCUGAGCCCACCACCUCUGAGUUCACAGUCCUCAUGCACGGGCCCAAGCUGAAAACCAUUGAGGGCAUCGUCAUGGCUGCGGACAGCGCCCGCUCCUUCUCACCCCUUGAGAAGUUUGGCCAGAAUUUCCUGGAGAAGCUGAUUGGCAUUGAGGUUCCUCACAAGCUUCUGGAGCGGGUCACCUUUGUGGAUACACCAGGCAUCAUUGAGAACCGUAAGCAGCAAGAAAGAGGCUACCCCUUCAACGACGUGUGCCAGUGGUUCAUUGACAGAGCUGACCUCAUCUUUGUUGUUUUCGACCCAACCAAGCUGGAUGUGGGUCUGGAGCUGGAGAUGCUCUUCCGCCAGCUGAAGGGACGUGAGUCCCAGAUAAGGAUCAUCUUGAACAAGGCUGACAACCUGGCCACGCAGAUGCUCAUGAGGGUUUAUGGGGCCCUCUUCUGGAGCUUGGCCCCUCUCAUCAAUGUCACAGAGCCCCCAAGGGUUUACGUCAGCUCCUUCUGGCCACAAGACUAUAAGCCUGACACCCACCGGGAACUGUUCCUCAAAGAAGAGAUUUCCCUCCUGGAAGACCUGAAUCAGGUGAUUGAGAACAGAUUAGAGAACAAGAUCGCCUUCAUCCGUCAGCAUGCCAUCAGGGUCCGCAUUCAUGCCCUCUUGGUUGACCGCUAUCUGCAGACUUACAAGGACAAAAUGACCUUCUUCAGUGAUGGAGAACUGGUCUUUAAGGACAUUGUGGAAGAUCCUGAUAAAUUCUACAUCUUCAAGACCAUCCUGGCAAAGACCAAUGUCAGCAAAUUUGACCUUCCCAACCGCGAGGCCUAUAAGGACUUCUUUGGCAUAAACCCCAUUUCCAGUUUCAAACUCCUGUCUCAGCAGUGCUCCUACAUGGGAGGUUGCUUUCUGGAGAAGAUUGAGCGGGCCAUCACCCAGGAGCUUCCUGGCCUCCUGGGUAGCCUUGGGCUGGGAAAGAAUCCAGGUGCUCUCAACUGUGACAAAACAGGGUGUGGCGAAACCCCAAAAUCGCUACAGGAGGCACUAGAUUUUUGUGUAGCUGUUCUUGGGUUCUUGGUGAAUGAGCUUGUGUCCUAA